GCUCCUAAUCGUCAACUCAUGACUUACUGGUUACAGGAGCUUCAGCAGAAGAGAUGGGAAUAUUGCAACAGUCUUGACAUGGUCAAGUGGGACAGUGGGACCUCCCCGACUGCUGGGGAUUUCCCUAAGGGUCUUGUAGCCAGAGAUAAUUCAGAUUUAAUUUAUCCGCACCCUAAUGCUUCUGCUGAAAAAGCCAGAAAUGUCCUAGCUGUGGAGACUGAGCCUGGAGAGCUGGUAGGGGAACAAGCAGCAAGUCAGCCAGCCCCAGGGCAUCCGAAUGCCAUCAAUUUCUACUCUUUGAAACAGUGGGGCAAUGAGCUCAAAAAUUCUUUCCGUCCUGGGAGAGGGAAUAAUGAGAGUCGGAGAACUGUAUUUUACACCAGUGAAGAGUGGGAACUUUUAGACCCAACCCCUAAGGACCUGGAAGAGUCUGUAGUGCAGGAAGAAAAGAAGAAACAGACCUCUGAAGGAAACAAAGGACUAACUGGCUCAGGAUUCCCCUUUGACUUUGGACGUAACUCCUACAAAGGAAAGCGCCCUUUGAAAGAUAUAAUUGGGUCGUACAAAAAUCGUCACAGUGGUGGUGACCCUUCAAGUGAGGGACCAUCAGGCAGCAGCAGUGGCAGUAAGCCAUCCUCUGAGAUGCAGCUGCAGGUUCAGAGUCAGCAGGAAGAGCUGGAGCGGCUGAGGAAAGACCUGUCCAGUCAGAAGGAGCUUGUUCGGCUGCUCCAGCAGACAGUGCGGUCGUCACAGUAUGACAAGUACUUCACCAGCAGCCGACUCUGUGAGGGCAUCCCAAAGGACACACUGGAGCUUCUACACCAAAAGGAUGACCAGAUCCUGGGCCUCAGCAGCCAGCUGGAGCGCUGCAGCCUGGAGAAGGAGAGUCUCCAGCAGGAGGUGCGGACGCUGAAGAGCAAAGUGGGAGAGCUCAGCGAGCGGCUGGGGAUGCUAAUGGAGACCAUCCAGGCCAAGGAUGAGGUCAUCAUCAAGCUCAGCCAGGGCGAGGGCAGUUUGGCAUCCCCUACCACCACGCCUGGCUCCCCCCUGGCCACCCCUGCCGCCAAGGACCAACUGGAGCUGGACAGGCUGAAAGAUAAUCUACAGGGAUACAAAACCCAAAACAAAUUUCUAAAUAAGGAGAUUUUGGAACUCUCAGCUCUACGAAGAAAUGCAGAAAGGAGAGAGCGGGAUCUGAUGGCCAAGUAUUCUAGCCUGGAAGCCAAGCUCUGCCAGAUAGAAAGCAAAUACUUGAUAUUGCUUCAAGAAAUGAAGACGCCAGUGUGCUCAGAAGAACAGGGGCCUGCCCGGGAGGUCAUAGCUCAGUUGCUGGAGGACGCUCUGCAGGUAGAGAGCCCGGAGCAGCCAGAGCAAGCUUUCGUUAAGCCGCAUCUUGUCAGUGAAUAUGACAUUUAUGGGUUCAGAACUGUACCUGAGGAUGACGAGGAAGAGAAAUUAGUUGCCAAGGUCCGCGCAUUGGACCUGAAGACUCUGUACCUCACAGAGAACCAGGAAGUUUCUACUGGGGUCAAGUGGGAAAACUAUUUUGCCAGCACAAUGAACAGGGAGAUGAUGUGCUCUCCAGAGCUGAAAAACCUGAUCCGCGCAGGCAUUCCCCAUGAACACCGGUCCAAGGUGUGGAAGUGGUGUGUGGACUUUCACACGAGGAAGUUCAGGGACAGCACUGAGCCUGGCCACUUCCAGACCCUGCUCCAGAAGGCACUAGAGAAGCAGAACCCAGCCUCCAAGCAGAUUGAGCUGGACCUGCUGCGGACUCUACCCAACAACAAGCAUUAUUCCUGCCCCACUUCCGAAGGCAUACAGAAGCUGCGCAACGUCCUGCUCGCAUUCUCCUGGCGAAAUCCAGAUAUCGGUUACUGCCAAGGCCUCAACAGGCUGGUGGCAGUGGCCCUUCUGUACUUGGAACAAGAAGACGCUUUCUGGUGUCUGGUUACCAUAGUGGAAGUCUUCAUGCCUCGAGACUAUUACACAAAGACUCUUUUGGGAUCCCAGGUGGACCAGCGGGUGUUCAGAGACCUCAUGAGCGAGAAGCUACCCCGGCUGCACGCCCACUUUGAGCAGUACAAAGUCGACUACACCCUCAUCACAUUCAACUGGUUUCUGGUGGUGUUUGUGGAUAGUGUCGUUAGUGACGUCCUCUUUAAAAUAUGGGACUCUUUCCUUUAUGAGGGACCAAAGGUCAUUUUCCGCUUUGCCCUGGCGCUGUUUAAGUACAAGGAAGAGGAGAUCCUGAAGCUGCAGGACUCCAUGUCCACCUUCAAGUUCCUCCGCUCCUUCACUCGCACCGUCCUUGAUGCCAGGAAGCUGAUCAGUAUUGCCUUUGGGGACCUGAACCCCUUCCCUUUGCGCCAGAUCCGGAACCGGCGCGCCUACCACCUGGAGAAGGUCCGGCUGGAGCUAACAGAGCUGGAGGCCAUCCGUGAGGACUUCCUGCGUGAGCGAGACACCAGCCCUGACAAGGGAGAGCUGGUCAGUGAUGAGGAGGAGGACACCUGACUGACCCCAGGAUGCCGCUCUUGCCUUCACAACCAAAGCAUGCCAGAGGGCGAACAGCUCACUGGAGAACUGCACGGAGCCUCUGUGCCUCUGGGAAUCUGCUGGCAGAUGUCCACAGCCAGACUGCACGUUCUCGUUCCCACUUGCUGGCGGUGUUCGAUCUGUUUACAGCCUUCUCCGUGCCAUGGCAUUCAGUGACACAAAUCAUAAUCCUGCCCUCUGCCUGACUGGCAACUCACUGGGCUGACCAGUGGGGUGCUUGCCAGAGCCUGCUGACAGCAUCUGGCAGUUAAUUGGGUGUUCUGUUCCUCUGGAAACCGCGCUUUCAAGAGUGUCCCAUGUUCUGUUUCCUGCACACAGCGGGCAACCGUGUGCACUGUUGCACGGCAGCACCGUGAAGGACGCCCCCUGUGCCCAGACACAUGUAGGUCAGGAUGCAGCUGCCUCGGUGGCAUAAAG